AUGGAGUUUAGCUAUGGGGUAUCCUCCUUGCUGCGUCUUGUCCUCAUAGCAUGUGUUACCUUCGUGAUUUGGCAGGUUUUCUCCAAGUCAUCACGACACCCAUAUCCACCAAGUCCUCCAGGAGAACCAAUUCUGGGACACAUACGAUUAGUGCCCACGGACGACCCUCAUCUUUACUAUCAAAAAUUGUCACAAGAAUACACGUUUACGAAGAAUAGUGUGGUUAAAUACCGUAGUAUACAAGAGCAAGAAGCACGGCAGGCUCUCUACACAAUUACUCAACGACCUAAAGACUGGGAAGUUGCUUUGAGCAGGUUUGCCACUGCUAUCGUGUUGAGAGUAGCAUUUGGUAUUACUUUAGAAAACGAUGACGAUGAAUACAUCAAGAUUGCAGCGGAUGCGAUGACUGCCACAGGAAAUGGGGGGUCUCCAGGAGCAACUGUUAUCGAUUAUUUUCCCUUCCUAAGCAAUGUUCCCUACUGGCUUGUCCCCUCACAAGCCAUAAAGCAUGCAAAAAAAUGGGGUCCCGCGAUCCAGCGUCUUCACGACGCGCCAUAUGCUGCCGCACUGAAGGAUUUUAAAGACGGCGUAGCUCAAAAGUCUUCAUACAUAUAUCCUCUGCUUGAAAAGUUUUUAGAAAAUGAUUCGCGGGGUCUACCAAACGAUUUCUCCUUGAGAGAUAUCAAUGGCUCGGCUGCCGCAAUAUUUAUUGCAGGGUCAGACACUACCUUCGCAACAACGAUGGUGGGUAUACUGAAUUUAUUACUCCACCCUAUCAUAUUUCACAAAGCACGAAAUAUGCUUGAUGAGACUAUUGGGACAGAUCGGCUUCCUACAUUAAAAGAUAGAGACAACCCAAAACUCUUAUAUCUAGAGUAUAUCAUUCAAGAAAUCAUUAGAUGGAGGCCUCUAUCUCCUCUUGGUGUUCCCCACAAAUCACUUAAAGAUGAUGUCUACAACGAGAUGUUUAUUCCUCGAGGUACAAAUGUCUAUUUCAAUACAUGGGCGAUGGGUCGCGACGAAGCGAUUUACAAAGAUCCUGAUCUAUUUAAUCCAGAUCGAUACAUUCCAGUCGAAGAAGGUGGCUCUGGUGAGCCAUAUCUCAAAGGACCUUUCGGUUUCGGUCGCCGAAUAUGCGUCGGCCGCCAUUUAGCAUUGGCAAGUGUCUGGAUUGUUUUGGCUACUUUAAUCUCUACAGUCAAUAUGUCGAAGGCUACUGAUUCAGAAGGAAAAGAAAUUGAACCAGUUGUUCGAUUCACAACGGGUUUAUCAAGGUUUGAAUGA